AUGUUGCACAAGGUUGCCAUUAGACUAGCCAUCGCAUUGGCCGGUAUUUCAGCAGCAGCAAGUAUCGAUAAGAGAAUUAUUGGCGGACAAGAUGCCCAGGAAGGUGAUUUUCCAUUUAUCGUUAGCAUCAGGACACCAGGUCACGCAUGCGGUGGCAGUUUGUUAGACAGUACUACUGUUCUUACUGCGGCUCAUUGCAUCCCCUCGGACUGGCAACGCAAGAAUUUCCAUGUUCGGGCAGGCACGCUGGAUCUCAAGAAGCCCGGAGUAGACGCAAAAGUGGCCUCUGCCAAGGUGCACCCUGAUUAUAAGUAUCGCGGAAAGGAAGGAGAGCCGUACGCUGUUAACGAUAUUGGCAUUAUAAAAUUAUCAACUCCCCUCAAGGAAAGCGAAAAAAUCGGCUAUGCAAAGCUACCAGCAGACGGCUUUGACCCUAUGGUCAACUCUACCGCAGUGGUUGCAGGCUGGUAUGUGCUAUUCAGCCUAGCAAGGGGUGUUCAAGAUGUUAGGCUUAAUAGACUGGGCGAUUCGGUUGAGAAGCUUGCCAAGGUCGUCAUUCCUGUCCGCGAACGCGAGGACUGCUACAAGAUUGAUGAAACCGCGCGUGCUAGAGAUACAUUACCUUUUCGUCAUCGCUUCCUUUCCCGGGACCCUACCGCCUGUAUCGCGCUUGACCUCUAG